CGAGAGGCUGUGAGCGUGAGAUACUUCCGUGAAGAUGGCUACCUGGGGAAGAGUUCUCGUGAGUUUGGGACGAGGUUUCAUUAAAACACCUAGGAUUAAUGUUGUCAGGAUUCGGGUGACAGUUGGACGCGGAGUGCUGGGUUCCUUGCUUGUUGGCGGGGCACUGACAUAUUACCAAAAUGGAGGAAGGGUGCUUGCAAAGCGCUAUACGGUACAGGCUGCACAAGAUGACAAGAGCUUUGGAGCAGAAAUUGUCUCACCAAGAAAGCUGCGGUUCCAGCAGUUUGCAUCCAUGGAAUAUAAUGGAGAAGCAUAUAUGACACCAAGGGACUUUCUUUUCUCCAUCAUGCUUGACAGUGUAGAUCGCAAACUGCAUAAAAAGAAACUGACUGAAAAGGAACUUGAUCAGAUGUUAACAAAAGCAUCCAAAGCCAAGCCAGGAUCCAGUCUUUUUCGGAAUUUAGGUGAUGAUGGAGUCAUAUCUUACAAUGAAUAUUUGUUUUUACUGACAAUCCUUACAAAGCCACACAGAGGAUUUCAUAUUGCUUUCAAGAUGCUGGAUGUCGAUGGCAAUGAGCAUGUCGAUAAAAAUGAAUUUUUAAAGUUAAAAAACAUCAUUGGAAAUAGAAAAGAGACUAAACUUCCAAAAAAUGACACGGAGGAUUCACCGAAUGAAGACGAAGCAACUUUAACAUCUCUCCAGGCAUAUUUCUUCAGUAAAGGAGGAAAACAGAAACUACAAUACACAGAGUUUUGCAGUUUUAUGGAGAAUCUACAGAUAGAAAUGCAAGAAAUGGAAUUCUUACAGUUUUCUAAAGGAAUGGACACAAUGAGGAGAGAGGAUUUUGCAGAGUGGCUUCUUCACUAUACCAAUGAAGAAAACAAUGAAGCCUACUGGGAGAACAUGAGAAAAAGAAUCCCUCCAGGACAGAGUAUCAGUUUUGAAGAGUUUAAAUCCUUCUGCUUAUUUACCAACAACUUGGAAGAUUUUGCUUUCACUUUAAAAAUGAUCAGUGAAGCUAACCGACCAAUAGGGAUUGCUGAAUUCAAAAGGGCUGUAAUGAUUGCAACUGGAAAUGAGCUUUCCGAUAAUGUUCUAGACACCGUGUUCAAGCUUUUUGAUCUUGAUGGUGACAACUGUCUAAGUCAUAAAGAGUUCCUUGAAGUAAUGGAUGACAGGGUACGCCGUGGACUAAAGGUGCAAAAUCAACAGGGAAUCCAGGGCUAUUGGAAAUGUGUGAAGAAAGAAACUUUAAAGGGAGCCCAGGAAGCACUGAAGAAGACGGGGAGAAGCCCUUUUUAACCAAAGGCCUGGUAAAGCAUGUUUGUUCUAUGUAUCUCCUACUUAUGUUUUCGAACAUAUUAUUUUGUGUUAAAUGGUUUAAUGAAAUUAUUCUGAGGAAGUGAAAUGCCUUCUUUGAUCCCUACAUUAAGAACAUAACUGAAUUUAAUAUUCUUUCAGUGUUUAACUAUAUGUUUUGAUUUGAUGCAUUUGGCCUUUACUGUUUAAUGUUAGAAAACUGUAAAUUGUUUUUACAUAAUGAGAUUUUGUUUUCCAGAUAAUGAAACUGUUUGUCAUCGUUGUUUACAGUCUGCAUUUAUCAUGUUUCAUAUGUACAGUACAUUAUAUUAAUCUCUGCACUUACAUUUAGUAUUAAUUUUUGAUUCUUAUAAUAUAUUGAUUUACUCCAAGUAAAAGGUUAGACAUGUUAACCUGUACUUUGUUUCUCAUUAGCUAAAAGUUGGUCCCUGAAGAACUUUGACAUGUUAGUUUUUUUUUUAUUGCCAAUCACUGACAAAACACUGUAUCUUAAAAAUUCAAUUCUAUCAAAGUUUUUUUUUUCUUUUUCAGAAAUGCUAAUUUUGCUGUUAGUUUUGAACAAUCGCAAUUAUAACAAUGUAUUUAAAAAUUUCUUUUGCAAGUUUGUCAUAAUAAUCUGGAAUGCUUUCUAAAAAAACUAUUCUGUACACUAAGCUAGAUAUAAAUAUUUAUUAUUGUUUACAUGGAGAAGGGAGUUUUUUUAUUUUUGUAAUAUUUGCACAUAUUUGGGUGUCAUCUACUGUAAUGCAUGCUAAAAAUCACAGACUGGACAAUAUUUAUGUGUUCUAUGUAUGUAUGUAUGACUUUUUCUUGUUUAAUGUUGCUGUGGUGUUUUUAGUUAUUUGGGAUUUCACAAAUCUAUAAUAAAAAUAUUUUUU